UUUAAAAAAUCAAAAGGCCACCCAUCCGAAAAGCCCUUUGCCGAAGACUCUCUCACUCGGGCAUCAAAAAGCCCUUGGCUGAAGCUGCCCUCCGGACGAGAGAAUCGGCCCCAAUUUCCUCUUUCACUCUCAAUCCUCGCAGCCAUGUUUCGGUGAUUUUUUCGCCGAUUUUAACAGAAAUUUGGCGAAAUUUCUCCCGUCGACAUUUCGCCCCCGUCUUUCGUAUCGCCGGCCACCGAAACCCGAAAUUUCGGCGAAAUUUCCGCGAAAAAAUGGAGACUUUCAUCCUUGCUGACACCAAGUCUAUAAUUGCAUUAAAAUUGAAAAUUCCCUUGUAAUGAUGUUAAUGGGCCAGUUUUUCUUUAACUUUAAACCGAAAGGAAAAUCUGGCCCAAUCAUCACUCUGUUGAUGUGGCCCAUUCUGAUAAACAAUUUAGCCUAAAGAAAAGCGACAGUGUGGACGUUGCAUUUCUAGGUCCCACGGUUGUGGGCGACCAAAAGGGCCCAUCAAGUAUUUAGCCGUUUGAGGCCCAGUAGAAAGUGGGUUUUAUUUGGGACCAACUCAUGUGAGCUGGCCUCUUUAGCUCUCCCCUUUUCUUUCUUUUCCUAGAUAAAGAAAUUGAUUAAUUAAGAUGACGAUAAUAACAAUAAUAAUAAAAACAUGUUUCAAAACUAAAAUUAGAUUUACAUGGAUUGAAAUUUUAAAGCGAAGCGUUGAGCUUGGCCUGGCUUUCAUUCGGACGCUUGAUUGAACUCACGUCACGUUAUACGCCGCUUUGGGUUUGCUUGCAGCAGAAGAAUCCUUCAUCUCUGUUUACACAAAAUCAUUCAAUCAAUCAAUCUCCAAACUCUGCGUUUCGGUCGAUUUCUGAGUUCAAGGCCUCUUCCGUCUGAUGGUCAUGGGGUCUAUCUUCGACUUAUCUGAAACAUCCAAGCGUGUUCCUCAACCCUCCCUAGUAAUCUUUGCUUGAGGAGUUAGCAAUAACUAGUCAAAAAGCUUGAGGGAGAUUUCACAUACAUGGGUAGAAUAGAGGAAGGCAACAUGCUUGGGAAGAUAGAGAGGAAGAGUAAAAAACAGAAGAAGCGUCAGGGCAGUGCUCCUGAAGAGUUAAAUGACUGUAGUGAUGCCAUGCAUGCUAGGGUGGAGGAUGGCGCCAAAGUGAAAAAGGAAGGCAAGAACAAGAAGAAGAAGAGCAAGAAAGAUGUGGUUUGCAAUGAUGCUGGAUUCAAUACUAUUCAAAAUGAGGCUGUACAUGUGAAGGAUUAUGUGGAAGUGAUUGAUAGUAAUAGAAAGGAGAAUGAUCAGAUGACAAGGAGGAAAUCGGAAAUUAUAAGAGAUGACAAGGGAUGUGAGAAAGGUUUGAAGAAGCAUAGGAGAAUUGGUGGAGAAGCUACUGUGGUCAAAGAGUUUUCAGACGUUAAGUUCCACGAUGGAGGGGAGAAGAAAAGGAGCCUUAAGUUGAAUGAAGAGAAUGAUGCUGGGGAUAACUGUAUGUCAAAAGCAAGUAAAGAUAAGAGGAGGAGCUAUAGGGAGAAUAGUGACAAAUAUGCAAUCGAUUCAAUUUCCUUUUUGAUGGAAAUGCCCAAGUGUAAUUAAAAGGGAAAAUGUAGGGUAGUUGUGGGACAGAAAAUCACCGAGAAGGAAGACAUUGCCAAAAUAAAGAAUGGGGAAGAAAGAAAUUGAACAAAGAAGAAUAAGAAAGGAAAGAGAGACAAGGUGAGUAGUGAUAUUGAGGAGAAGGACAGCAUUGUGUAUGCAAAAUAGAUUGGAAAGGUAAGGGAGCACUAUGAUGGGAAUAUAAUGGAAAAGGUCAAUCACGGAAAGCAGGAAAAGAGACAGAAGAUAAAGGAUAAAGAUGAUUUGGGAAGUGGAUUGCUACAACUUGUGGCUGAGAAACAGGGUGAUAAUAGCACCUUAAAUGGAAAUAAAAAGAAUGUAGGCAAUGGUAUUAUGUUUUUGAUUAAUGGGAUAAUCUCGUUUGUUGAGACACCAGGUGUCAUGGGUGACCAGAAAAGACAUAAAAUUUUAAUGGUGUCUGAUUUCUUUUAUCCCAACUUUGGUGGGGUGGAGAAUCACAUCUACUACCUAUCACAAUGCUUGCUCAAGCUUGGUCAUAAGGUGGUGGUUCUGACUCAUGCUUAUGGAAAUCGUUCUGGAGUGAGAUAUAUGACAGGUGGCUUGAAAGUUUACUACAUACCAUGGAAACCAUUUCUCAUGCAGAACACCUUACCCACAUUUUAUGGGACUCUUCCAAUUAUGAGGACAAUCCUCAUUCGGGAAAAGAUAUCAUUGGUGCAUGGACAUCAAGCCUUCUCAACUCUCUGUCAUGAAGCUCUGAUGCACGCACGCACUAUGGGAUACAAAGUCGUAUUCACUGAUCAUUCACUCUAUGGUUUUGCUGAUGUGGGGAGCAUCCACAUGAACAAGGUGCUGCAAUUUACUUUAGCAGAUGUGAGUCAGGCCAUUUGUGUUUCUCAUACAAGUAAGGAAAAUACAGUCCUGCGGUCAGGGCUACCACCUGAGAAGGUCUUUGUAAUACCAAAUGCUGUGGACACAGCUAUGUUCACACCUGCCCCAGAAAAACUCAGCCAUAAUGAAAUUGUAAUUAUUGUGAUAAGUAGAUUGGUUUAUCGAAAAGGCGCAGAUUUGCUUGUUGAAGUCAUUCCUGAAAUAUGCCGUUUGUUCUCCAAUGUUCGUUUCAUUGUCGGAGGUGAUGGACCUAAACGAGUGCGGCUGGAAGAAAUGAGGGAAAAGAACUCUCUUCAAGAUCGAGUUGAAAUGCUGGGGGCUGUUCCACAUGCUAGAGUACGGUCGGUCUUAAUUUCUGGCCAUAUAUUCUUGAACAGUUCUUUGACAGAAGCAUUUUGUAUAGCCAUAUUGGAGGCUGCUAGUUGUGGAUUAUUAACAGUCAGUACACGUGUUGGAGGUGUCCCAGAGGUUUUACCAGAUGAUAUGAUUGUCCUUGCAGAACCAGAUCCUAGUGAUAUGGUACGAGCAAUCACAAAGGCAAUAUCCAUACUUCCCAAAAUUGACCCACAAGUUAUGCACCUUCGAAUGAAAAAACUGUACAAUUGGCAUGAUGUUGCUAAAAGAACGGAGAUUGUGUAUGAUCGUGCUUUGGGAUGCUCCAAUCAAAAUCUUGUAGACAGACUUUCACGGUACCUUCCAUGUGGUGGUUGGGCAGGCAAGCUUUUUUGCUUGGUUAUGAUAAUAGAUUUUUUGUUAUGGCGUUUAUUGCAACUAUGGCAGCCCCCUGAAGAAAUCGAGGAGGUACCUGAUUUUAGUCUUCCCAAUUCCGAGUGUCCGGAAUUUAAAGAGGACGGGAGCUUGAGCUUGAGAUGAGUUUCUUCCAAAGAUCAAUGAAGAAAGAUUUGGUGACUACCAUCCUCAUUCCUCCCUCUAUGUCGUGUUACUCCAAGACCCUGUGCAGAGUUCUGGGUAAGAUUAUCUAUCAUUUUACCAUUCACAUCGGGUUGGUCUCAUUAAGGAUGGAAAAAUCGUUCCUAAUUUGUAAUGAGCAAUCAUUGAAAGCAAUUGGGAUGGUGGGUUCGAAGUUAGUUUUUUCUGAUCCCAACUCAGUUCUGGUUACAUGCUUUAAUAUUUCUAUGAAGUUAGUUUUUUCUGAUCCCAA